AGCUAACACGAAAUUAAUUGUAAACCUGAAUAUACAUGUAUAUAUACGGUACGCGGGUCAUGACUUUGUACACUACGGUUCGUUUACUGAAUGCUUGUUGUGAAGUUGCGUUCCUACCAAUUUAAAGACACUUAUUUUUGUCCCAUCGGUACGUACCCUGGGUCUGUACUUGUUCGGAACUACGAAUAACAGUACAGAGUUCGCUCUAUAAUCGGAGGUGUCCCAGGGAAUUCACACGAUAAAGAUCCCUAGCUGCAUGCCCUGAUAAGACUCAGCAAGGAGAAAAAAUGCCAUUGCGAGUGGCUGUGGUAACGGCGCAAACAAGGGCAUCGGUCUGGAAAUCGUGAGAUCACUAUGCCGCCAUUUUGGACAAGAUGGCGUCGUUUACCUGACGGCGCGCAAUGAAGGGCGUGGCCUAGCAGCCGUAGAGCUCCUUCAGAAAGAGGGUCUCAAUCCUAGGUUUCAUCUUCUUGACGUCACUGACCAGAGUAGUAUCGAUACACUUAGGGAUCACCUGGAAAAAGAACAUGGCGGACUCGAUGUGCUUAUCAACAAUGCUGGCAUUGGUACACCUAAGGAAAACAUUUCGCUGUACGAGAAGUCAUCACGGGUGAUGAACGCGAACUUCUUUGGACUUCUAAAUGUCUGUCGAAGUCUCUUUCCCUUGGUUCGUUCCUGCGGAAGGAUUGUGAAUAUGGCAAGCACUACAGGUUAUAUGGUGUUUAGGGGUCAAAUAAAUGAUGACGUCAGGAACAGAUUCAGACAGGUGAAAGAAGAGCAGGACGUUGCGGAUCUCAUGACUGAAUUUCUAGAGUGCUGCAAAACCGAAUGCAACACGGAAAGGAAGAGGUGCGAGUGGUCUUAUGGAGUUGGUAAACUCGGUGUCAUCUUACUUUCCAGGAUUCAGGCUGAUAGAAUAUCACAAGAUGAUUCCAAGCACGGUAUACUACUCAAUUCGUGUUGUCCUGGAUUCGUGCUUACCGACAUGACGUCAGACCUCCCGGACAACAACUUCGGAGGCAUCAGGGUUUCUACCGUAGAGGGCGCCGAUACCCCUGUUUUCCUUGCUCUGCUACCUUCCAAAGUGACGGAACCAAACGGAAAGUUCUUAUUAAGAAGGAAAGAAUAUGACUUUGUGAACACCGACGUGUUAAUGCAGAUAUGAACAUUAGAAUUUAUAGAUCAUGGUGAAUUAAUG